AUGUUGACCAGUGCGACAUUGCCCGUCAUUGUUGACUUGACUCAUGUAGGCGGUCAUUACUUGGCGGACACUGUUGUCGCCUCGGUUUCAGUCAGUGACUUUAUAAACAUGUAUGCACACGAGCUGGACACAGAUCCCACCCAGGUAUCUGUGUACGUCUGCAAUGGUCCCUCUGUGACACUGCAACAGGAUCGACUCACGCAUUCUGCCGGAGAUGUUGUGAUCUUCCUCAGGUCUGAUUCGCCUCCGCCUCAACCAGCACAUGACAUUGCACCAGCGACUGCUGCUGGCUUUCGGGGAGACUUAGAAGACAUGCCCAGACUCUCCUUUACACCCUCCGUCGCAGUUGCUUUUCGUGAGCAGAUCCAUACUUUCUACUCGGGUCUCUUUGCUGGUCGGGAUAUGCAGGAUGUCCUUUGCGAGCGAUUCGGAGUCACCGAACAAUCGGCUUAUACUCUUUCCACUAGCUCCGUGUCAGCUCUUGCCAUUCGGGGACAUGCCUGUCCCACUCUGUGUGCCAUCCUCGAGAUGCCGUCCCCAAGGCAAUUAGACAUUGCAAUACCGGAGCCCGCUGCGGACUGGCCGCUGCAAGGAUGGGAUUGCCUUUGCGACUUAAGACCUCUAGGCCUUGCACCCGUUGUCCUAAGGUUUCCCACGCAUGAGUGCGACCUGCCCCGCCUCAUUGGGAGCCUUGGUCUUGAGCUAGACGAUGGUUGGAUGUUGCGAAUCACAGAUGUCUCAUCCUCCAGCACCGGCCGCAGUGAAUUGCCUGUUUUGCUUGUCGUUGCUCACCGAGCCGAGCAUCAUGACCUUGUCUCACAUGGAACAACCACACCAGCUGCUACUGUUGCUGCUGGUUCUGCCCUCUUUUCAGCGCCGUCCGUUGCAGACCACCCCCCUCCUAUGUUGCUGCGGCCUGCCCGACAGACUCCAGCCGAUGACUCUGAACCGUCAGAUGCUGAUACCAGUGACUAUGGCAGCCAUCGCGAGACCAUUGAAGGACAGGCAUUGCUGCUCGUGCUUGAUAAGACCACACAGGCAUUCGACUUCUCCGUCUCUGCACCAGCCACCGUUCCUGAGCUGAUUGAUGCCAUUGACGAACAACGCACUCAGACCUUUUACCUGCAAUACCCCAACAUCGUUGAGGCCGUCCACCAGCCCUCUGCACAGUGGGCUACCCUCAUUGCCCUGCCUUGCUGGACCGCUGGGGACUCCCUUGUCCUUCUUGAUCUCAGGUGCAUAGAUGGCCGUUUCUUCCUUGUCGAGUACCCUGACAUUGCCGACAGGGCUGGCAUGCUAGCUCUUGCAGGACUCCCAGACGACGAUUCUGCCAGCAUCUACCCGUACGGCCGUACGCACCCUUUGCAAGACGAGGAGACAAUUCCUCUUCUGUCUCGGGGUACCAUUGCUUUUGUGCGGGUCGCAGAUCCGGUGCCAAGGAUGUACCAUCUUGCUGGCAUGUUGUCCACACCUGCCGAAUGGGAUCUGGAUGUCGAGGUCCCGCGAGGACCUGGCGGCCUCUAUACGGUCCAAGGUUCGCCUGGCCGGCACUACUUGGAACAUUUGGCCACAGAGUACGACACUCCCUUGCAUUGGACCACAGUUCAAGUCGCUCAUCCCCGUGUCUUCGAUGCUGCCCACAAUGGUUACCGCUGCAGAGGCGUUGCCAUGCUCAGCGUUGAGAUCCCCAAUGUCCCGGUGCCUCCUGGAAUUCCCAUGCCUGGAACAUUCCUCAUCGCGUUGGACUGCCGGCCCAUCUUCCAAGGAUGGCACCAGUAUCUUGUCCAAGAUUGGCACUGUUCGCAUGUAGACCUAGUGCAGCUCUAUGACACUUUCGCUCCUGACCAAUUUCAAGUGCAAAUUGAGGGAGCAGCCAUUGCUGACGACGGGGUUCGAUUGCUUGUCACUAGAGGCCAGGUGCUUGUUGUGAUGUGGGUUCCCGUCACCCCCGCAUCUCAUGCCUCUCCUGAAGGCCCCCGUCAGAGGUGCCGCCUCACCCCCUCUUCUGAGUGCACAGACUCCCACGAUGAUGGUGAUACUUCAUCCUCAACACAAGGCGCCUCUCUGCGGAGCCGUUCUCCUCGGCAGGUGAGCGGCCAGAAUCGCACUACCCUUCGCGGUGCUUCACAGGGACUAACCAUUCUAGCUUUGGCAUCUCAACCCACUGUUGGAGCUGCCAUGGGGUGGCUGACAGCCCCCAGCUCUGGUCAACUCCUAGAUGGGUACUUCCCACAUGCUUUACGCAUUGUUGUUACCGCCGCUUGUGCCCUUGGUGUCACCCAUGGUGUCGACACACUUGGCCUGCUGGGGUCAGUUCCUGCCACUGUUGCUGCCACUAUUGUGCGCCAUUUUGUACAUGCAAUGGCCACCUUUUUCAGACUCCUCCUCGAGCCCGCUUGUGACAGUCUGCCUGCCUACCAAGCGCUCAGUGCCUUACGCAGGGCCACAGGCAAUUUAGGAGGUUUUUGGCGACACUUGCCCCUAGAGCAUAACGACCCCUUCCUAUCUGAUGACGACUCUGUCCUUGCGGCAUCAGACACGGAGUCUAUAGCCUGGGCUACUGUGCUGAUCCUUGCACCAGCCUAUACGCCAGAGGUACUACAAGUUGCCAUUCAAUUUCCAGCCUCGUGUGCCGACACGGAAGUUAUUUUUCAGCAGGAGCGUGACCCGGAGCGCGCCACCCAUUUUCCGGUAUUGGUUGCAGCACACCCUCAGACUGUCAACGGUGCUGGAGUCUACCUCGCCUUGCCUCACUGGGACCCAGAUCUUUGUGCGGUUGUUAUUGACGCGAUGCGGACGGAUGGCCGCCUAUAUGCAGUUGCGUCUCCUGCCUAUGUUGACAGGCUGACCGUUCUCCGGCUUGCCGGCGCAGAGCCCACAGCAGACGUCGAUGUAUAUGUUGCCGGCGACACUGAACCUCUUCAGCCGGGCACCUUCCUUCACGUUGUGUCUGGCUGCUCAAUUGUCAUUCUUCCGCGAGGCAGUUCAGCGCCACAAUACUGCGACAUUGGGAUCAUGUUGCAGCGGCCUAGCAUGUGGUCACAAGACUUUAUUCUGCCCUCCGCUGAACCCGACUCAUACUGUGUUGUCAUGCAUCAGCAGCUUGUCCUGUACCAAUUCCCUGGCUCCGACCCUACCCGUUUUCGACAACAACUCGCCAAUGCGUUGCAAGUGCGGAUUAGGGACCUUGCUCUCUACCCGGCCCGGCCGCGGGUUACUGAUGCCGUCGUUGAUGGUCACACUUGUCGAGCCGUUGUUGCCGCCGACGCAGUGCAAACCACCAAUCGCCCCAGUGACCACCAUGUCAUUUUGAUUGACUGCCGACCUCUGAUGCAAGGUUGGCGCGUUCACACUGUUCAAGGAGGUCAUGUUCACGUUGACAGACUCCGAGAGGCCCUUGCCCACCUCGCUCCUGAGCCACAUUCCCUAUAUCUCCCUGACGUCCCCAUUGGAGACAACCUUUUCCGAGUUGCUCCGGGGACAGUCCUUGUUGCUGCUGUUGCCCUCCAGCCGCCGUUGCACCAGCCUCAUGCACGGGAUGCCCCGGACCUGCGACAGGAUCUCUGGCCACUGUCACCUGCCACUGGUUCACCCCAGGCAUUGUCAGCAACCGCUCAUGCCACUCCAGGUCAACAUGAUGCCAGCCUCCCACAGCUCACAGGCACAGCCGCCUCAAAUCUCAACCUGACCUCGGAGGGAGCCGAGGCCGAGCCAGUCACUGGUCACGACGAGGACACCACCCAUACCGGUGUUGGCGUAUUUACCGCCGUUACAUUCCAGGUCUUCAUAGUCGGCAGUCCUCCUGAAUUGUAUUCGGUAAGGUUAGCAAUGCCACACGCCGUGCACCCUGCGCUUGCACGGGUUUCAGCCAUGCGCCUCCCGGCACCAAAACGACGCUUUCCGAGGCUUAUUCCUGUCUUUCCGCAGCCCAGUACUAGCGUCGCAUCAGUCGUUGCUACCCCUGUCUGGGAUCCACAAGGCGUCAUUGCUUGUUUUGCCUCCAUCCCUGGCAACACGGUUUUCUGUAUGGAUGUGCCACCAUUGCUGACACGCAGGGAUGUGCUCAGGAUUUCUGGUUUGCCGGACGAGGCCGACGUCGAUGUGUACCAUCGUGAUGUCCCUUGGCCUGUCAUUUCGGAGGCCAGACUGCAGGUCCAAGACGGAGACCUCUUUUGGGUCGUCCACCGACCACAUCUCCCCCCAACGCCGCGCAGCUUACUCGACCUUCUUUUGAGGGUACAAGGCUGGGGUGAGCACCAAGUGCCGCCUCCGCCACAGCAUGAUCUUAUUUGGGUCAUUGCCGAUCAGAUGCACUUCUCUUACAUCGUACAGCCUGGGCGCCGGCAUUUCCUACGACAGGACCUUUCCGUUGUACUGGGAUGCCGCGGAGACUCCCUUGUGCUUCGCCCCGCCAUUGGUGCCACGGAUUAUUCACAUCGUGGCGUCACAGCUCGCGCUGUCCUUGUCGCCCAUGUUCCAAUUGACGAAUCUCCCCGCAGGACACCACGGCCCCCCUAUGCCUUGCUUGACCUUCGCCCACUGCUCCUAGGGUUUAGUUGGGCCGAAGCACCCAACGGUGACGUCGAUCACCUAGCCUUGAGGCAACGGUUUGCUGCCCGCUGUCCGCUUGGCUUUGUUCUUGCAUGCACAGACAUCGCAGGAGACACUAGUCCACUCACGCACGACAUCCGUGUUCAGGAUAGCGACACUCUGGUCCUUGAGUACCUCACCCAUGCAGAGGCAGCCGCCUCCCACUCUCUGCCUGCCCCUACAGGUUUGAUCCCAUCUGGAGGCCCAGGUUACAUAGAGAGGCAUGACAUGGCACCCCAAGGUCCGACUUCUGGACAAACUGAUGCUGGAACGGGGGGCACCAAUGUGCGAUCUGCCGAGCGGCCCCCCUUUUCGACCUCGGCUGCCCAUCCCAUCCAACCAUUGCAGCAGCAACUUGCCCAAACAUUCAGUAGAGUAGUCAUGUGGAUUCUUGCCCUUCUUGGUCAGGCCUUCACCUCUGUCCUCCUGUGUUAUGGGCCCGCUGUUCUUGCCAAGCUUGUGCAGCUCUUCCUUAGGGCUUUGUUAAGCUUGGCUGCGUUGCAGAGGCGUCGGGCUGUCCUUGCCUGCGUUUGCCUCUGGGUGCUUUGUUGGCCCACCCUUGUACUUGCUGCGCCAGCUACAGAGAAUCCUGCGGUUGGGACUCCGUGUCUCGGAACAGCUGCGGCCUGCGCCUUUUCGGCCUUCACUGCUCGGGCUGUUGCGACGCCUUGUCGCAGCAAUGACUGCCCUCCGCUUGUGCAACCGCCACCGCUGCCUCGCGGAUACUGGCCCAUCCCCGGCCCCACACUCUUGGAACAAUGUUUCUUCGACACGGACGGAGCACCCUACUUUGAUGCGGUUGCACUGCUUGAGACCCUCGAAGAAUUCUUCGCAGGUAAAUCCGUCAAACAGAACGUGGUUUCUAUAGCCCUCGCUGAUGCUCUGCCCCUCACAGACUACCAGAUGUCCGUUGAGACGCUCCGUGCUCUGGUGCCCAUCCCUGCGUCCGCAGAGCAGGCCGACUGGCUUGAUAAUGAUCUAACAUCGCUCAUGCAGCCUGGCAUGCUUUCUGUAAGCCUUCAGGCCCAGCUUGACCGUGUCCCACGAUGGCACCGAUCCAAUCAAGCAGCCACCGACGUUCGCGAGAUUCUUGUCUUCACAGAUGGGUCAGCUGCUACUGACCCUGAUGACAUUUUGCCAUGCUCGUGGGCUUUUACGGUUUGGGUUUCAAGCCCUCAGGGGCUCUUCUUCUAUGGCGGGGCUGCUGGCCAGGCCGCCCCACCCGAGACCCCCUACCACGUUGGCGAAUUUGGGGACCACGCUGUCACUGCCGAGCUUCUUGCCCUCUUCUGGGCCCUAGUGUGGGCCGCCGAAUACGGGCCAGCGCUCCAGGCAGUCCUCACCUUCUAUUUUGAUGCAGAGUCCGUCGGGCGCAGUGUCUUUGGGGAAUGGCGACAGCUGUCUUAUCCCCAUCACACCGGCCGCCCCUCUCUCCUCUGCCUAGCCGUCUCCCUGCGACAAUAUGCCGCAUGCCUCUGCCCUGUCCGUUAUGGCCACGUCAAAGGGCAUUCUGGAACACUAGGAAAUGAAGUCACCGAUGUUGUCGCCAAGACAGCCCGUCGGUCACCCGGUGAUUUUUGGUCUCGUUGUCUGCCGCCGUGGCCAGCUCAGCUCGCUGCCCACCCACUUUCUCUUUGGCUCUGGUUGCUUGCUGGGAAUCAUGCCGACAUCCCCACCUUGUUCGCAUUUGAGAGCGAGGCCACUCGUCUGCGAUCCAUCCCGGCACACGCCGCUGCAGCGCCCUCCAUGGGUAUUCGCGAAAUUAAAUCUACCGGCAAGGAGGUCCUAUAUGACCUCACAUGUGUGACCUUCAAUGUCCUGACCAUGCGGGAUCAUUCUGCCCGCUCCGCUACCACUGCCCUUCCAGUUGGUCUGCAGUUUCUCGGCAGAAGGGCGCUGUUGCAACAAGAGCUUGCCCCACACAAGCCGCUUUUUGUUGGAUUUCAGGAGACCCGCCUGCCUGACUCUGCCCUAGCACCUGACAGUCAGUACUUCAUCCUGCAGUCAUCAGCGACUGCUGAAGGCUCCGGAGGAUGCGCCCUUUGGAUCGCCAAGCAGACGCCUUAUGCACGCAUCCAAGGACAGCGGUUUUACUUUCAAGAGCAGCACUUCGUUGUGUCUGGGCACUCCGAUCGCCAUCUGACGGUCUCCAUUUCUGCCCCUCAUCUCCGGCUACUCGUGAUCGUUGCGCACUGCCCAUCUCUCGCCAAUCAUUCAGCUGAUGUUGUGGUGAACUUUUGGCAAGCUCGGCACCGCGAAAUAGUCAAGAGACCAUCAGGCUCUGACUUCAUUAUCUUAGUUGACUCCAAUGCCCAGGUAGGCGGAAUCGAGACGGAACAUAUCUCAGCUCAUCAAGCGGAACCAGAGAACCAUGCUGGUGCUCUGUUCCAUGACUUUUUGACUGGGAUCUUCGCUUUCUUGCCGAGCACUUUCCAGGAGGUGCACACAGGGCCCGGGCACACGUGGUGCUCAGCCCGUGGUUUUCGCCACCGCCUAGAUUACAUAGUUCUACCACUCUCUUGGCGAGACUUCCAACUUAGCUCCCGUACGUUGCCUGGCUUCGAAGCAAUGCAAUUGCGUGAGGAUCACACUCCCGUUCUUCUGCAGGCUCGGUUCGGACGGCCGGUCUCUGAUCUGCCGUAUUUCGACUGCCGACGCCGCUGCGUACGUCCUAAUGCACCUGCCACUGCCGAUGAACAGCGCGCCCGAUGCGAGCUGCUCCAUUCCCUCCCCUCCUGCCCAUGGCAUGCUGAUGUUGAUCAGCAAUUUGAGGCCUUUGUCCGUCAGUGGCGGUGUGCCGGUGAGGCCAUGGUUGAUUCUGCUCCGGUUAAGGCCCACCAAUCUUUCCUCACUGACACCACGCUUGACCUAGUCGGCUGGUGCAAGGCCCUGCGUUGCUAUUUGCACGCUGAGAGCCGGGAGCGGGAUCGCAGAUGGUACCUUCUCGUCUUUGCAGCCUUUAGACUUGCUGUUCUAGACACCAAUUUUCAAGCAGAAGCUGUCGUGCGAGCCGACUUGUGGUUUUGGGAACUUGACCACAGUGAGGCCCGCGCCAUUUCUCUCCUGCAUCGGUUUGUUAAGCGCCUCCGCCAGGGUGUGACCCGUGAUCGUUUGGCGUACCUCCAAAGCCUUGUCAAACAAGUCAGCACCCAAGAUCUCAAAGACCCAGCUUCCUUAUACAAAGCCAUACGGCGUGCUUUCCCCACGGCACGCUCGGCCCGACGCAGUGGUUUGAGACCAUUGCCUGCUGUUCUUGAUUCUGGCGGGGUCUACGCUGCCACACCCGAGGCCAGAGCUGAAUGCUGGCGUAGUCACUUCUCCGACCAAGAGGCAGGACGGGCCGUGACUUCCGAAGAAUAUCUUCGCGCCUUUCGCGGCACAUCGGUCAAUACCGCUCCCUUUGAUAUUGCCAGCGUGCCGACUCUCUGCUCCCUUGAGGGUAUCGCCUUGCAGCUCAAAUCACACAAGGCUUGCGGCCCUGACGGGCUUUCACCCGACCUCCUCAAAGUCUGUCCCGUUGCCACAGCACGUUCCCUGGCCCCUAUCGCUCUUAAGACCACUCUUUCCUUACGUGAGCCGGUAGAGUUCCGAGGAGGCACUCUGACUUGUUUGGCCAAGAAGAUCGGUGUUUCCCUGCAAUGCAGCCACUAUCGAUCAAUCCUGAUAUCUUCAGUGCCGGCCAAGAUCCUCCACCGCCACGUACGGAAUCUUCUUGUGCCCGUGCAUGCCUCCACCAAGCCUGCCCUGCAGCUUGGUGCCCUUGGUGGCAUAGGCAUUGAGGCCGUUUCCUUGACAGCACGCAGCUUCCAGCUCUUUCGACACACCAAGAAGCUCCCCUGGAGUCUCAUAUUUGUCGAUGUUCAGGCGGCCUUCUACCGUGUGAUACGGCAAGCCCUCAUUCCUGGGGUUGAAGAUGACACUGAACUCCUCCGUGUCUUCCACCGUAUGGGCCUCCCUCCUGCGGCUAUCAUUGCCCUCAAGGAAAGGUUACAAGGUCUUGCCAUUUUGCCGGAACUCGGGACCCCGGCACAAGUUGUUGCCAUGGUCCAGGACAUGAUGAGAGCCACAUGGUUUAGGAUCGACACACACUCUAUCCUUACCAUGACGGCGUGCGGGACUCGGCCAGGUGAUCCCGCUGCAGAUAUGCUGUUUGCGCUAGCAUUCGGCGAAUUCCUCAAGUCCCUGGACAGCACACUAGGUCAGGCAGGUCUCCAUCCGUCCUUGCCUGAGGCUCCGCUUACCACCUCUUGGGCACAUCGCCCUUCGGAGGCGACCGUAGGUGCCCCUGCUUGGGCUGAUGACUUCUUCGUGCCGCAAACGGCUGACUCCCCUGAGACAUUGCUUGACCGUACGCGCCGUACUGUUGCACACACCGCUGCACGAGCAUCUGCACUGGGUAUGCGGCUCACCUAUGCCCCCACUAAGACUGCCGUUCUGCUACCAGCUGGCGUAGACUGGCAGCAACAUUCACAGCACGUGUGUGCUUUCGACGACACGCUCUGUCUCCAGUUUGUCGACGAGCUCACUGGGGAGGCAUGGGAUUUGCCCAUUGUCCAUGCAUACCGGCACUUGGGUGGCAUCCUGACAUCCAGCACCAAUCCUCGACCUGACCUUCUUUUGCGACAAUCUCAGGCGUUGGGUUAUGUCAAGCCGCUCCGCAAAAAGCUUUUUGCAAAUCGGGAUGUGCCACUCAAGGUACGCAGUACCGUGCUUCAGGCGCUUUCAGGUUCCCGUUUAGUUCAUUCUGCGGCAGCAUUAGUACUGCCCUCCAGUGUCCACCAGCGUUUGUGGGAUCGCGCCUAUGUCCAGGUUUGGCGGGCUUUGUCCCCACGUCUUGCGGCUGACAAACAACUCCACAGCCUCGACGUUCUUCGGCUCGCCCAAGCCCCCUCACCACCCCUUGCUAUUGCCAAGGCGCGUGCUGCCUUCCUGAAACAGCUUACGCUGCAUGGGCCCAGCAUCCUCAGGUGGAUGUUGUUUCAGUUUUGGUCUGCACAUCCUCGCAGCUCUUGGCUGCAACAGCUGGACGCGGAUAUUAAACUUGUGCUUACAUAUGUCCCCGACGUAGCGCCCGUUUUCCACGGGCGUAACACCGUCGCUGUUCUCCUUGACAGUCUUGUCGAAGAUGCAGGAUGGUGGUUACGUCAGGUCCGACAGGCACAGGCCAGCUUUCUUCGAGAUCUGGAAAGGGUCAAGGACACUCCCCAACCUCGUAUCGCAGCUGCGGUUGAGCCUCCGCCGUCUGCAGCUGACCGCACCUUUCGAUGUCCAUUGUGUCCAGCCGCCUUUGUUCUGCGGAAACACCUGGCAGCCCACCAAGCCCGGAGCCACAAGAUCUGGUGUCCUGCUCGGCAUUUUGCCUUUGGGCCGUACUGCUUAGCAUGCCACCGUUGGACCGGCGACAUCAGAUCCGUGCAGAUCCACCUUAAGCGCACUGACGCUUGCCUCCGGCGCAUGUGCCGCCUCGUUCCUCCCAUGACCACUGAGCAAAUCCGACAAGUCGAGCAUGACGCCGUCAUCCGAGAACGUCAGUUACGCCGUGGUCAGUGGACUUCUUUUCGAGGCAGGGCGCCUACCUCUGUAGUCUAUGGACCAUUUCUGUCGACGGCAGAUGAGCGUCUGGCAGGCCUUGACUUCUUCUCUGAGGAAGUCACUCUCGAUGUCUUCCGACCGAUCUAUCGGCCGCCCGACGAGAACCUUGCCUGGGUUGAGUCCUAUCUCGCCGCGCGGUCAAAAGAAGGACCGCGCCCAAUCACCACGUCCUACUGGCACAGAGGUCCCUUUUGCAAGUCUCACCCGAAUUCAAACAUUUUUGGGAUGCGCCGCGAAUAG